GGGUUGGUUACUUUAGUUAGUUUCGUCUCUUUGCUUUGCAUACAUUACAAAGUUCUCUAGUUAAAACUUCUAAGAAAUAUUUAUAGCAUUUUAAUUGUGUCAAUUGCCUUCCAAUCAAGUCAAUUAAUAAAACUACCGACACUUUACUACUGUCGGUCCUGUUAAGAAAGUUUGUUGCCGUUCAAAAGUUUUGGUAAAAUUACUCAGAUAUAGAUUGCAGCAAAUUGUUUAAAAUAAAGACGCAAUGGAAUUGCAAUAUAAAGUACAGAAUUAUGAUUGGGGUAAACUGGGCACAGACAGUACAGUUGCAAAAUUUUUGUCCAGUGCUGACCCAAAUGCUACCAUAGACCUAGAAAAGCCUUAUGCUGAAUUGUGGAUGGGGACACAUCCUAAUGGCCCUUCUCUAAUCUUGGAAAGAAAUGUGUUACUGUCGGAGUAUAUUAAAGAUAAUCUGGAUGCCAUUGGGCCAGCAGUGAAGAGGAAGUUUGGAGUGGCCGUGCCCUUUCUGUUUAAAGUCUUGUCCAUCCGUAAAGCCUUGUCUGUGCAGGCUCACCCUAACAAGGAACAAGCAGAGGAGCUCCACGGAAGCUUCCCAGAUUUGUAUAAGGACCCCAACCACAAGCCUGAACUGGCCAUAGCAUUGACACCAUUUGAGGCUCUCUGUGGAUUCCGACCGUUACAGGAAAUUCAAAAUCAUCUCAGAAAGCUGCCGGAGCUGACUAGAAUAUUAUCAGAAGAAAGUGUGAACACUUUCCUCGCUCACAAGGAGUCUGGGGAAAGUGGCGUUGCUCUGAAGCAAGUGUUCAGCUCCUUAAUGACGUGUGACAAGGCUGCGGUAACUGGCAGUUUGCAGAGUUUGCUGGAUAGGUUAGAGAACGAAGAAUCAUCCCAAUCUUCUCUUAUGUACCCGCUGCUUCGGCGACUGCACUCCGAGUUCCCGGGCGACGUCGGUUGCUACGCGCCGUAUUUCAUGAACUACCUGCAAUUGCGGCCUGGCCAGGCCAUAUUCCUGAACGCUAACUUACCACAUGCCUACAUUAGCGGGGAUUGCAUAGAAUGCAUGGCAUGCUCCGACAACGUGAUUCGCGCGGGCCUGACGCCCAAGCUGAUCGACGUCCCGCGCCUGCUGGAGAUGCUGGACUACAGCAGCUACACGCCCGACCACCUGCUCUUCAGUCCGCAGCUGGAGGACGGCAACAGCUGCAUAUGGCGCCCGCCCGUGCCGGACUUUGCUGUUGUUAAGAUUAGAGUGGAGAGCGGCGACAGCUACAACACCGCAAUCCGCGCCAGCCCGAGCCUGCUGAUAGUAACGUCGGGCGCCGGGGCCGCGUGCGACACGGAGCCGGUGCGAGCGCGGCCCGGCGUCGUACUGUUCCUUAAAGCCAGUCGUCAGCUCACACUCACACCCGACGCUGGGAGCCAUCUGGAGUUAUACCAGGCGAUAUGCAACAUAUAAAAAGCAUGUUCCUUUCAAGACUUGAUAUAGGUGGGUAGUGUCCUAACUAUAGACCGCGAGCCAGGAACAGAUUUCCAUGACCAAUCGCCUUCCGGCCGGAAACUGGUAUCGUGGUUAACGGCUAUGUAUGAUGAACCCUCGUGGACGUCAGCUGUCGCUCCGUUGGCGGAUUGAGGAAUGGCAGCCAACGAAACACGUAAUUUUUUUUUUUGUCAUGGCCUCCCGUUUGAUACUUUGUGAGAUGAUAUUUCAGAUACUAUUGUUAAUUAAAAAAUCGUCAGCCGGUUGUAUCGCGGUAGCAACAAAGUCAGCUGGUCGCAUGAACAUGUAAAAAAUAAGGGCUUUACCUUUUUAUGAUAGUAAUAAAAAAAAUAUGAAACUUUGCAUGUAGCAUUCCAUCAGGUGUUAAACGUUUACUCAAUUUACGCAUUACGCAUACUUUGCGGACAUAAAGUGGUAAGGCGCGUAUUUUUUACAUAUGCAUGUUAUCAACUGACGGUCUUCCCACCGUGAUACAACCGGCUGACUAUUUUUUUUAAUUCAUGAUAGCAUCGAAACUGACAAAGUAUCAGGCAGGAGGCGAUGACUGACGAUAUAUGCUCCUGGUCCGCGGUCUACUACAACACCACAAUUCGCGCCAGCCCAAGCCUGCUAAUAGUAAGGUCGGGCACCGGUGGAAGGAUUUGGCUUUUCUCAAUCGUUAUUCGUCAUUCGAAUACAUUUUGCUCACACCUGACGCUGGGAGCCCCCUGGGGGUAUACCAGGCGAUAUGCAAUGUUUAAACAUUAUGUACUCCAUUUAUAGACCCGCUAUUGACUUGUUAAGUUUGAAGAACUAUCUUUAAUUUUCCAAACUAAAGGCAAUAGUUUUAACACUCUUGUUGAACCCACGUGUUUAAUAUCACUGGAGAUGACAAAUUUCCGAUUUAUCGGAGUAUAUUUCUCAAAUUAAAUACGGCUCACGGUCGUAUGAGAAAAUACUCGAACCUUAGGAUUUUAUAGGUUUCCCUAUAUUUUGCUUAUGAAAUUAGUUAUGUCAUUCUAUUUACAUGUUAGUGUUAAUUAUACAUAUUAGUUCAGAUUCAAUUAUUAAUUUUAUUAGCGAUUGAUUGAUUACACGAGUGACGAAAACGGAUCACUUGCUAGGAAGAAUUUGACUCAAAGUGGCCCAAUUUUGUUACUCGUAAAUGUGUAUUUUUUUAAGUGUAAAAACUAGACAAUUAUUCGCAACCAUAUCGCCCUAGAUUUUAACAUUCCAUUCGCUGUUAUCGGGAUUAACACAUUCACUGCCAGACAAAAAACGGCGCACUCCCCAGAAACCGGUGGUCUAUAGCUGCGUACAAAACAACCCGCCCAGCGGGUUGUCCGGCAUCUGAACAAAGUUCACGAGCGCCCAACAGGUGGGUUCCCGGCAGUGAAUGUGUUAAAGUUGUUUGUUCAAUCAAUGUUAAAUAAAUCAUCACAAAAAUAGUAUAUUUCGUCGUAUAUUAUAUUAUACAUGACUGUUAAAUAUUCGAACAUUAUUUUUUAUCUCAAUAUACGCUAAAAUAUAA